ACAUUGCGGAUUAGUUCUUGUAGCGAAGCCAUUGCGAUGAAGUGGAGUGCAGUUUGUCUAGUGGCAGUGGCCACGCUUGGCUGGCUGUGUGAUGCUCAGGUUUACUUGGAAAAACCAGGGUGGCCACCCAACCAGACACCGUCAUGGCCUGCCCAACCCCCUCAGAAGCCUAUUCAACCCCCUCAAAGACCUGCCCAGCCCCCUCAGUGGCCUGCCCAGCCCCCUCAGGGCCUGCCCAGCCCCCCUCAGAGGCCUGCCCAGCCCCCUCAGAGGCCUGCCCAACCCCAGCAGUGGCCUGCCCAACCACCUCAGAGGCCUGCCCAGCCCCCUCAGUGGCCUGCCCAACCCCCUCAGAGGCCUGCCCAACCCCCUCAAAGACCUGCGCAACCCCCUCAGAGGCCUGCCCAACCCCCUCAGAGGCCUGCCCAACCCCCUCAGUGGCCUGUCCAACCCGGUACGCCGCUUCAGAGGCCUAAAUUCCCCUCUGACCCAGGCUCAAAGCAGAGCUGUGAUGUUGAUGGCCAACACAAGGUGCAGUGUGGACUUCCUGACAUCACUGCCGCCCAUUGUGAUGCCAUUAACUGCUGUUUUGAUGGACGGAUGUGCUUCUACGGAAAAUCAGUGACUGUUCAGUGUACCAAGGAUGGCCAGUUUGUGGUGGUGGUGGCCAGGGAUGCCACUCUGCCCAGCCUGGAACUGGACUCCAUCAGCCUGCUGGGGACAAACGGACCCCACUGCCAUGCUAUUGGCACAACUUCUGUCUUUGCCAUCUACCAGUUUAAAGUCACUGAAUGUGGAACUGUCAUUACGGAGGAUACUGAUACUAUUAUCUAUGAGAAUAGGAUGUCCUCUUCAUAUCAAGUGGGGGUUGGCCCCUUUGGCUCCAUCACCAGGGACAGCCAAUUUGAUCUAACAUUCCAGUGCAGAUAUAAGGGCAGUACCAUUGUGGCUGUGGUUAUUGAUGUGAAGCCAGUUCCUCCUCCAAAUCCUGAUAUAGCUCCUGGACCCCUCACAGUUGAGCUCAGACUCGGCAGCGGAUCAUGCCUUACCAAGGGAUGUAAUGAAGAUGAAGUGGCCUACAGCUCUUACUACACAGAGAUAGACUACCCUAUCACCAAGGUCCUCAGGGAUCCUGUGUACACUGAGGUUCGCAUCCUGGCGAGGACAGAUCCCAACAUUGUGCUGACCCUGGGUCGCUGCUGGGCUACCACAACCUCAAACCCUCUCAGCCUGCCCCAGUGGGACCUUCUCAUUGAUGGAUGUCCUUACCAGGAUGACCGUUACCUGACCACUCCCAUCCCUGUGGGACCCUCUUCGGGUCUGCCCUACCCAACCCACUACAGGCGCUUCGUCCUUAAGAUGUUCACCUUUGUGGAUCCAAUGUCUAUGACCCCCCUGAGGGAGACGGUGUUCAUCCAUUGUAAUACAGUUGUGUGCCUGCCAUCCCAUGGAGACAGCUGUGAACCAAGAUGCUACAGAAAGAGGAGAGACAUUCCUGCUGCAGUUCAGAAGACCACCAGAAUCAAGUCUAAUUUGGUUUCCAGUGGCGAACUGAUCCUGACUGACCCAAGGGAGCUCACCAACUAGAAAAUCUUUUGACUUAACUGUUAUGAUGACUUCACAGUGAGGCAUGUGCAAAUAAAUCUGACUUUCCUCGAA